GAGCUUCGCGGGGGCCGGAAGUGGAGGCGGUUGGUGGGGUUGGUGGAGCUGAGGACGCAGCGCGGGCGGCAGUUUGCUAGCUGCGGGUGGACGGAGUAGUGACCUGCGUCCGGGUGUCUGGCCCCUGCGAGGCUGGGCGAGACUGGGCUGUGCGCGGCCGCGGUGGAACGAACGUCGUGCGGGUGGGGCGCCCGCGGCUGGGCCCAUGGCCUCCUGCGCGAGCAUCGACAUCGAGGACGCCACGCAGCACCUGCGGGACAUCCUCAAGCUGGACCGGCCCGCGGCGGGCCCCAGUGUGGACAGCCAGCGGCCAUCCAACGCCUAUAAUGGGGACCUCAAUGGGCUCCUGGUCCCAGACCCUCUCUGCUCAGGUGAUGGUACUGCAACAGCCAAGCCUGGUGUCCGGACCAUGCCACCUAUUAACCUGCAGGAGAAACAGGUCAUCUGCCUCUCAGGAGAUGACAGCUCUACCUGCAUUGGGAUUUUGGCCAAGGAGGUGGAGAUUGUGGCCAGCAGUGACUCUAGUAUUUCGAGCAAGGCACGGGGGAGCAACAAGGUGAAAAUCCAGCCUGUUGCCAAAUACGACUGGGAGCAGAAGUACUACUAUGGCAACCUGAUUGCUGUGUCUAACUCCUUCUUGGCCUACGCCAUUCGGGCUGCCAACAAUGGCUCCGCGAUGGUGCGGGUGAUCAGUGUCAGCACUUCAGAGCGGACUCUGCUGAAGGGCUUCACAGGCAGCGUGGCUGACCUGGCCUUCGCACACCUCAACUCUCCACAGCUGGCCUGCCUGGAUGAGGCAGGCAACCUGUUCGUGUGGCGCUUGGCUCUGGUUAAUGGCAAAAUUCAAGAAGAGAUCUUGGUCCAUAUCCAGCAGCCAGAGGGCACGCCACUGAACCACUUCCGCAGGAUCAUCUGGUGCCCCUUCAUCCCAGAGGAGAGUGAGGACUGCUGUGAGGAAAGCAGCCCUACUGUGGCCCUGCUGCAUGAAGACCGGGCUGAGGUGUGGGACCUAGACAUGCUCCGCUCCAACCAUAGCACCUGGCCCGUGGAUGUCAGCCACAUCAAGCAGGGCUUCAUUGUGGUAAAAGGCCACAGCACGUGCCUAAGUGAAGGUGCCCUCUCCCCUGAUGGAACUGUCCUGGCUACUGCGAGCCAUGAUGGCUAUGUCAAGUUCUGGCAGAUCUACAUUGAGGGGCAGGAUGAGCCAAGGUGCCUGCAUGAGUGGAAGCCUCAUGAUGGGCGGCCUCUCUCCUGUCUCCUGUUUUGUGACAACCAUAAGAAACAGGACCCUGAGGUCCCAUUCUGGAGGUUCCUCAUUACUGGCGCUGACCAGAAUCGGGAGUUGAAGAUGUGGUGCACAGUGUCCUGGACCUGCCUGCAGACGAUUCGCUUCUCCCCAGAUAUCUUCAGCUCAGUGAGUGUGCCCCCCAGCCUCAAGGUUUGCCUAGACCUUUCAGCAGAAUACCUGAUUCUCAGCGAUGUGCAACGAAAGGUCCUCUAUGUGAUGGAGCUGCUGCAGAACCAGGAAGAGGGCCGUGCCUGCUUCAGUUCCAUCUCGGAGUUCCUCCUGACCCACCCAGUGCUGAGCUUUGGGAUCCAGGUUGUGAGUCGCUGCCGGCUGCGGCACACUGAAGUGCUGCCUGCCGAGGAGGAGAAUGACAGUCUGGGGGCUGAUGGUACUCAGGGAGCUGGUGCCAUGGAGUCUGCAGCUGGUGUGCUCAUCAAGCUCUUUUGUGUGCAUACUAAGGCACUGCAAGAUGUGCAGAUCCGCUUCCAGCCACAGCUGAACCCUGAUGUGGUAGCUCCACUCCCCACCCACACAUCCCAUGAGGACUUUGCUUUCCCCACAGCAUUUGGAGAGUCUCGAUCUGAACUAGGCUCUGAAGGCCUGGGAUCUGCCUCUCCUGGCUCCCAGCCUGACCUGCGACGCAUUGUAGAGCUGCCUGCACCUGCUGACUUCCUCAGUCUGAGCAGUGAGACCAAACCCAAGUUAAUGACACCUGAUGCCUUCAUGACGCCCACUGCCUCCCUACAGCAGAUCACUGCAUCCCCUAGCAGCAGCAGCAGCAGCAGCAGCAGUAGCAGCAGCAGUAGCAGUAGCAGCAGCAGCUCUCUUACAGCUGUGUCUGCUAUGAGCAGCACUUCAGCUGUGGAGCCCUCCUUGCCAAGGCCACCCGAGGAGCUGACCUUGAGCCCCAAGUUGCAGCUGGACGGCAGUCUGACAGUGAGUGGCAGCAGCAGCCUUCAGGCAAGCCCACGCAGCCUCCUGCCUGGCCUACUCCCAGGCCCAGCCGACAAAUUGACUCCCAAAGGGCCUGGGCAGGUACCUCCUGCUGCCUCUGCACUGUCCUUGGAGCUGCAGGAAGUAGAACCUCUAGGACUACCCCAGGCCUCCCCCAGCCGUACCCGUUCCCCUGAUGUUAUCUCUUCGGCUUCCACUGCCCUGUCCCAGGACAUCCCUGAGAUUGCGUCUGAGGCCCUGUCCCGUGGCUUUGGCUCCUCUGCCCCUGAGGGCCUUGAGCCAGACAGUAUGGCCUCAGCUGCCUCAGCACUACACCUGCUAUCCCCACGGCCCCGUCCAGGGCCCGAGCUUGGCCCCCAGCUUGGCCUAGAUGGAGGCCCUGGGGACGGAGAUCGGCAUAGUACCCCUUCCCUCCUGGAGGCAGCCUUGACCCAGGAGGCUGUGACUCCUGAUAGUCAGGUCUGGCCUACGGCGCCUGAUAUUACUCGUGAGACCUGUCCCACUCUGGCAGAGAGCCCCAGGAACGGCCUCCAGGAAAAGCACAAGAGCCUGGCCUUCCACCGACCACCUUAUCACCUGCUGCAGCAACAUGAUAGCCAGGACACUAGUGCUGAGCAAAGUGACCAUGAUGAUGAGGUGGCCAGCCUUGCUUCUGCCUCAGGAGGCUUUGGCACCAAAGUUCCCCCUCCUCGGCUGCCUGUCAAGGACUGGAAAACCAAGGGAUCUCCUCGGGCUUCACCCAAGCUCAAGCGGAAAAGCAAGAAGGAUGAUGGGAAUUCAGCCGUGGGAUCCCGGCUUACAGAGCACCAGGUGGCAGAGCCCCCUGAGGACUGGCCAGCAUUAAUUUGGCAACAGCAGAGAGAGCUGGCAGAGCUGCGGCACAACCAAGAAGAACUGCUGCAGCGCCUGUGUACCCAGCUCGAAGGCCUGCAGAGCACGGUCACAGGCCAUGUGGAACGAGCACUAGAGACUCGGCAUGAACAGGAACAGCGGCGGCUGGAGCGGGCACUGGCUGAGGGGCAGCAGCGGGGUGGGCAGCUGCAGGAGCAGCUGACCCAGCAGCUUUCCCAGGCACUGUCUUCAGCUGUGGCUGGGCGGCUGGAGCGCAGCAUUCGGGAUGAAAUCAAGAAGACGGUUCCUCCGUGUGUCUCCAGGAGUCUGGAGCCCGUGGCAGGUCAACUGAGUAACUCAGUGGCUACCAAGCUCACAGCUGUGGAGGGCAGCAUGAAAGAGAACAUCUCUAAACUGCUCAAGUCCAAGAACUUGACAGAUGCCAUUGCCCGAGCAGCUGCAGACACAUUACAGGGGCCAAUGCAGGCUGCUUACCGUGAAGCCUUCCAGAGUGUGGUGCUGCCUGCCUUUGAGAAGAGCUGCCAGGCCAUGUUCCAGCAGAUCAAUGAUAGCUUCCGGCUGGGCACACAGGAAUACUUGCAGCAGCUAGAAAGUCACAUGAAGAGCCGGAAAGCACGGGAACAGGAAGCUCGGGAACCUGUGCUGGCUCAGCUGCGGGGCCUGGUCAGCACGCUGCAAAGUGCCACUGAGCAGAUGGCGGCCACUGUGUCCAGCAGCGUUCGGGCUGAGGUGCAGCACCAACUGCACGUGGCUGUGGGCAGCCUGCAGGAGUCAAUUUUAGCACAGGUACAACGUAUCGUUAAAGGUGAGGUGAGCGUGGCACUCAAGGAGCAGCAGGCUGCUGUCACCUCCAGCAUCAUGCAGGCCAUGCGCUCAGCUGCUGGCACACCUGUCCCCUCUGCCCAUCUCGACUGCCAGGCCCAGCAAGCCCAUAUCCUGCAGCUGCUGCAGCAGGGCCACCUCAAUCAGGCCUUCCAGCAGGCUCUGACAGCUGCUGACCUGAACCUGGUGCUGUAUGUGUGUGAAACUGUGGACCCAGCCCAGGUUUUUGGGCAACCACCCUGCCCACUCUCCCAGCCCGUGCUCCUUUCCCUCAUCCAGCAGCUGGCAUCAGACCUUGGCACUCGAACUGACCUCAAGCUCAGUGCCACCAGAGGGCGCUCCCAUCUGCAGGCACCCACCUGUAGUCUGUCCUUUCCCCUCAUCCUCAGCUACCUGGAAGAGGCUGUGAUGCACCUGGACCACAGUGAUCCCAUCACUCGAGACCACAUGGGCUCCGUUAUGGCCCAGGUGCGCCAGAAGCUCUUCCAGUUCCUGCAGGUUGAGCCACACAACUCACUUGGCAAAGCGGCCCGGCGUCUCAGCCUCAUGCUGCACGGCCUUGUGACCCCGAGCCUCCCUUAGCAGCUAAGCCCGCCUUGUCCGGGGGUGGUUGGCACUGAAGGCUGAUACACAGGCUUAGGCCAAGGCGGGUCAUUGUCUGCCAUUUACCUGCUGAGGCCCCCAACUCUGCAAUGUUUCGGAGUGGAGGGGGCAGGGACAACUGGCCGUGGCCUACAGACUGUGGUAGCCAUCAGGUUUCGGCUGGGCCCAGGGCAGGUACUGUGCCUUCUUGGGUUCUGCCGUACCUGGAGCAUGACCCUGAGAUUGUGACACCAUUUGAGUUGAAUUUUCCAUGUUCUUUUUACCUCUGAUUUGGAUCUUUUUGUUUUUGAAAAACAUUGAGAAAUUCAAUUAAAUGCUUUUGGAAUAAAAUGGAA